CGGAAUAUCUGUCGAAUAUCCAAACUAAAACUGAUUUUACCGUUGUGAUACCACUGCAGUAAAUUGAUGUGAUCCUGAACACUACAUCGCCCCCUUGAGGUCAAAGGUAUUUGAAAUGCUGAAAUAAAUAAAUAAAUAAAUAAAUAAAUAAAUAAAUAAAUAAAUAAUAGAUCACACUCUUUUACAAUCCUUCCAUAUGUCUUUGUCGCAUGGUCCUUUUGUGUCUGCAGUGCUUCAACACUUCCUCAUAUCACAUCAAAAAAUGUGAACAUAACUUACUUGUUAUCCAUUCUGUGCUAUGGAAUUCCAGGCAAUAGACCUAUGACACCCUCAUAAAUCUAAAAUAAAUAAAUAAAUCGUUAAUUCUCUUGAACUACUCACUGUUCGCUGUAUAAACAAAAUUAAGAACAUGCGUAUGUUAGGCUGGGAAUCCCACAAGUGAUUUCCAGAAAACUGAGUGAUAAGAAGUGGCGCUUAGUUAAUGCUAUAAUCGGGCAAAUAUUUUUUAAAAUAUAAUUUUAUUUAUUGGGUUAACAGAUGUGUGUGUGUGUCAAUGUAUGGCAAUGUCAUGUCAUAUUCUUGACGAUUUCAUCUACAAAUUCAUAUGAAAAUUAAAAUGCAUUAUUUAUGAUAAGCAGUUUAUAUCAUGAAACAUUUUUAAUGAUAAUUUACCAUUUUAAUGAUUACUCUUCUUGUUACAUACUGUAUUGCGUUAAACCUUUCAUCCUCUACAAUUCGUCUUCUGCCUCAUGCCUCGACCAUCCAUAGAUAAGUCAUGAUGGAAGAUAAAAACAAUUUUUCUGAUAAAUUCAAUUAUUAUGAUCAAUAUUGGUAACAGUGGCUAUGAAACAAAUAACUGGCUUUGAAAUGGAGGCAUCAUUGAUAACAGGACUGGAGUGCCAGAAACACAAGCCCAAAAAUGGAAAUGGUCACUUCCUUUUACCCAAUGUCAUAUUCAAGUCUUAAUCCACUUUACUAUAAAUUCCAGACACUAGAGGUAAUAUUUCUGCAUCCUUGAAUUCAGUGACUCAUCAGUCCUCUUUCUGCAAAGGUCCCUGGACCCCAGCUUUGUAUAUAAAGCCCCUGACUAGCAUUUCUCUUCUAAGUGAGAGUUUAGCUUAGUCCAGCUACAUUGCAUUGACUCCUGUUAUUUAAUUGAUCACUUUUAUUCAUUUAAUACUUAUUCAUAGAUAGGCAGCAGGGUUUAGUUUUCUUUUUAUCAUUUAGUUGGAUUUCUUUUUUGGGUUUAUUCCUUGCUGACAUUUUCCUGUAUCACUUUCACCUGACGUUGACAUUCACACCUUCAAAUGUUCCUCUCCACUUUUGACACCUGCCUCUCUAUCACCUUUUUCCUCUUCUUCCUACCCCUCUCCCUCUUAUUUUAUCUUCCGGAUCCAAACCCACUUCUGUCAUUCAGUGAUCAUGUCAGACAGAGACACUUAUACACAGAGGACAAAAGGCGUGGACUUUUCCUGGAGAUUUGCCCAGAUGGCGUUGUGAAAGGGACCCCCAUCCAGACGGAAAACAGUGUGCUCCAGCUGAAGUCUGUGAGAGCUGGAGAGACUGUCAUCCAGGCAUUGUCAUCAUCUCUCUACCUGUGUGCCAACGAGAAGGGACAUCUCAAAGGGCAGCGGAUAUACACAGAAGCUGACUGCACCUUCAAGGAAUUGUUGCUGGAGGAUGGAUGGUGUGGGGGGGCACCACACCCCAAAAGACAGAAAACCUCCUAA